UUGCAGGCACGAAAGCGCAGCCGGGCUGCCGCAUACAUGCAAAAUGAGACGUCUCGCGUGACGCUGCCACCAUGAGAAGGAGGUGGUGGGCAGCCCUCUGCCUCUGCACUGCUGCGGCCAAGGAGGGCGGCCUCCACAAAUUCGAGCGCCGCCAGCAGCAGCACCUCCGCAAGCACACGCCGGCGCCGACGCGGGCGCCGACGCCCGUGGGGCCCACCCAAGUACCGACGACGCGCAUGCCCACCGACGAGGGCCCGACGCCGCCGCCGACGACGCUUGCGCCGGCCGCGGCGCCCAUGCAACAUGAUAUCAAUGUGGUGGUUGCCUGUUCCAAGGCGCACUACACGGGAGCUUUGGCGGUCGUCGCGUCGGCGACGAACGCCACGCGUUCACAGCGACACCGGCUCCGUUUUUUACUUUUAGUUGAUGACGCUGCCAAGGUCGAGAGCAUAGGACGCGCGGCCCGCUGCGCUGUUGAGAACAAAGCUCAAAUUGCUGUGAAACACUUCCACGACAUCUCUAGAUUCCCGGCGCCGAGGGCCAGAGAUCCUCGAUUGCGCGACCCGUUGAAUUACGCGCGCUUUUUCGUGGGCGAACUCCUACCUUCUUCACAAAGAUGCAUCUACCUCGACACGGACGUUUUUGUGGAGAGGUCGCUGGCAGACCUCGAUGACGCCGCGCGACAGUUAUUUCAAGAGAAACCAAAUAGUGUCAUAGCAGCCGUGCCGCGGGACUUUAAAAAACCAUGCGACGGCGUCGUGAAUUGUAAAUUGCCCAUGGUAAGAAGUAGGGGCGAGAUGCACAGCUUUAACGCGGGCGUCGUCGUCUUCGAACUAGAUCGGUGGCGGUCGACGAAGCGCUUGGAUAGCGUCGCGCGCUGGAUCUCGAGGAAUGAAGUGUCACAGGGCAAGGUCUACAAGCUCGGUUCGAAUCCGCCCUUCGUGCUGGCGGUCGGCCCGGACCUCGUGAGAUUGGAUCCAAGGUGGAACUGCAUGCGGGGCAUCCACCGGCAGCACGCCCACAACACGCGGUGCUGGGGCGGCGCGUUCAUCCGCCACUACCCGGGCGGGGCGAAGCCGUGGGACGAGGUCGAGGUUACGCGGAAGCACCCGCCGGGCUGGGCGGCGCCCUGGCGCUUCCCGCGGCGGGAGACUUGUGGGAUCGAGUAAGUUGUAGCAAUUGA